AUGCAGUGGUGGGACGAUCUGUGGCUGAGUGAAAGUUUCGCAUCCUACAUGGAAUUCAUUGCAUUAGAUGCAGUAAGAAAAGGUGCUUCGAAAUUGAAAGAUUUGUUUGUUGUUGAUAAGCUGGAACCUGCUCUUGGGUUAGAUUCAUUUCCUGCAAGUCAUCCUCUAUAUUUCGAGUUAAACAAUCCAUCAGAUGUUAUGGAGGUUUUCAAUCCUGUGACAUAUGACAAAGGGGCCUCGCUUAUUGCCAUGAUCAUUGCCCUGAUGGGAGAGAAGAACUUCGAGAAAGGAGUCAAGGUAGCAUUUGUGGCUUUAACAUUGGGCGGUUUUUUUUUCAAGUUCUUUUUAGCCUUAUUAUCCCACGAAUUUCAGCGUUUCCUCAAGAACUACUCAUACGGUAACGCAGAUUCGGAAGAUUUUUGGGAUGCGUUGGAGAACGCUGGUUCCAAAACCAAAGGGCCGAAUGGAGAAGCUCUGAAUAUUUCAGAAUUCGCCGCACAAUGGACUACACAG